GAUGCUGGAGGAAUGCUGGAGGCGGGGCUCCGUAUAACCAGGUGUUAGGACGAGGAUCGCGGUUCUGCUUUGCUUUUAUCAUUGCAGUAUAAUAACACAUCAGCCUUAACUGGCAUCGGGCCUCACGCUAUUUAAGUAGUGUGAGAGUGUGUGUGAGAGAGACAGACAGGAAGAGUCAUCAUCGGUGCAAAGCCGUCGCCUUUCAUUCUCUACGCAGUGAGGAUCAUUUAUUUUACGGAAGUUAAGAAGCUCCACGAGUAUUUUUGAAAGAUUUUUUAAAUUGAAAUAUAUAUAUAAUGUUGCUGAGGCGUGGUAUUUUGUUCGUGUUGCUCGCUGGCUUGGUUUUGGCUGCAGCUGAUGACAGUGAGACGGAGAGUAAUGUUGCGGAGUUGGAGGUGGAAACGCUGGCCAAGCCGGAAACAUGCACAGUUGCAUCAGUGAUGGGGGACACGCUUCAUAUCCAUUACACGGGGCGGCUUUUGGAUGGCAAGGUGAUAGACUCCUCUCUGUCCCGUGAUCCACUGGUGGUCGAACUUGGCAAGCGAACUGUCAUCUCAGGUCUAGAACAAGCCCUGAUUGGUGUUUGUGAAGGACAAAAAUUCAAGGCCACAAUUCCUGCACAUCUGGCAUACGGAAAAAAAGGAUACCCUCCAACUAUCCCAGGUGACUCAACUCUGGAGUUCGAGGUAGAGGUGAUCUCCCUGGUGCAGCAGACACCCUGGCAGAAGCUGGUAAAUGAUGUCUUUCCUCUUGUGUGUCUGGCGCUAGUUCCCACUUUACUGGUAUUGGUGGGUUUCUACCUUUACAAGAAGGCCAACGCACAACCUCAAGGCAAGAAGAAGAGCAAGGACAAGAAGAGCAAGAAGAAAUAAAAAAAAAGGAUAUAAAAGGAACAAUAAACUAUUUAAAUAAAAAAUUUGAAAAUCUGGGGAAAAAAAUGUCUGGAGUGCCAUCUUUCUAGUUUUAUUGGUGUUUGUCGUUUUUCUUGUUUGAUUUGUAUCACAGAUUUAUCAAAACAAU